UUUAAUAAACACCCUAUAUAUACUCGAGAAUAUUCAGUGGCACUUUAUUCAAGCCAACUCCCCACACUUCGGAGGCCUUUGGGAAGCUGGGGUGAAAUCCAUGAAACAUUUAGAUAGGGUUACAGGUAAUGCAUCUCGAACAUUUGUGCAAUUUUACUCCUUGCUGGUUCAAAUUGAAUCUAUACUGAACUCCCGCCACUUAUAUCCAUUAUCGUCCGAUCCCAAUUAUUGAAAUCCUACAACGCCUGCCCAUUUUCUGAUUGGGAAUAAUUAACUGACUUCCUGGUUCAAAUCUGAAACAUGUUUCGGAAAACUGACUAUCCCCUAACUAGAAACUUCAGCAGCGCAGGAAACUAUUUUGGGAUGAUUAUACCAAAGAGUUCGUUGUCGAACUUCAGCAACGCGUCGAAUGACACAAUCAUCCUGAUCAACUACAAGAAGGUGACAUGGUUUUGAUGCAAGAGGACAAUCUACCUGCGUUGAGAUGGCGCCUCAUCUUUGAUAGCUGGAAUGCUGCUAGCUGCCGCUGUGUACGACCCAAGAAUAUGCCAAUACCAUUAAAUUGAUUAUUACCUUUCAAAUUUCCGCCCUUUUCUAUCAGUAUAUGGACUUUGUCUCCAUUGACAAGUUUGAUGGACAAGAAGCUGACAACCAUUGAAAAAUGAGCUGAGGCAUAUUAAAUGCUUGUUUGCAACAGACGUUUUGACACUAUUGUCAACUCUUUUUCAUUUAAAGGUGCCUUGGAUGUAUGUUGGAAUGUGCUUUGCAACUUUCUGUUGGCACAAUGAAGAUCACUGGAGUUAUUCGAUAAAUUACUUACAUUGGGGAGAAGCUAAGACAUGGUAUGGUGUACCAGGAAGCAAAGCAGAAUGUUUUGAAGAAACAAUGAAAUCAGCUGCCCCUGAGUUAUUUCAGUCACAGCCAGAUUUGCUCCACCAGCUGGUUACUAUAAUGAAUCCGAAUAUCCUUAUGAAUGCUGGUGUACCUGUGUACCGAACCGAUCAACGUGCUGGGGAGUUUGUUGUUACUUUUCCUCGAGCUUACCAUGCAGGAUUCAACCAAGGGUAUAAUUUCGCAGAGGCAGUGAACUUUGCUCCAGCAGACUGGUUGCGUAUGGGACGAGAAUGUGUUCUACAUUACUCUCACCUGAGGCGUUUCUGUGUCUUUUCUCACGAUGAACUUGUCUGUAAAAUGGCUCUUGAUCCUGAGAAAUUGGAUCUCACAAUAGCAGCAGCCACUUACCAAGAUAUGCUUGUUAUGGUGGAUACCGAAAAGAGAUUGAGAAAAACAUUGUUGGACUGGGGUGUAACAAAUGCAGAACGUGAAGCAUUUGAACUACUCCCAGAUGAUGAGAGACAGUGCGAAGUAUGUAAAACAACUUGUUUCUUGUCAGCAAUGACCUGUAAAUGUUCUUCCGAGGUACUAGUCUGUUUGAGACAUUAUAAAAAUCUGUGUGAAUGUCCCCCACCAAAUAGAACUUUAAGGUACCGCUAUACUUUAGAUGAACUUCCUGUAAUGUUGAAAGCUUUGAAAUUGAAAGCUGAAUCUUUUGAUCACUGGGUAGCGAGAGUAAAAGAUGCUCUAGACCCGAAAACCCCAAAAACUCUAAACCUUGCCGAUUUGAAAGCUUUGUUGAGUGAAGCUGAUGGUAAAAAAUUCCCAAAAUGUGAUCUGCUUCAAACUUUAACCAGUGCAGUAGAAGAUGCUGAGAAGUGCGCAAGUGUUAUACACCAGCUGGAUCUCAAUAAGAUGAGAACUAGAACUCGUAAUUCAAAUGACACAAAAUAUAAGCUUACUGUGGAAGAGUUAACCCUUUUUUGUGAUGAAAUUGAUAGUCUAGCUUGUAUAUUGGAAGAAGCAAAGAGCAUUAGAGUGUUAUUGAAAGAAACAAGAAAAUUUGAAGUGAGUAGCGAAAAACUUUUGACUAUGGCAUUAGCUGAGUGUCCUCUAUCAGAACUAGAAGAUUGUCAUUCUCAUGGGAAUGGGCUGUGCAUCGACCUUCCAAACUUGAGACAAAUAGCAAACAGAUUGAAACAGUGUCAGUGGCUUCAGAAUGUUGAAAACUAUAAAUCCAAGACUGAUGUAAUGGGACUUGAGGCAAUCAAGAACUUGAUUCAAGAGGGAAUUCUGUUACCUCCCCACCCUGAAAUAGAGUCAGAACUAUCGAAUUUGCAGGGAAUUCUACAAUCCAGUGAAGAGUGGGAGCAACAAGCAAAUGAAGUUCUCAAAUCGGAAGAUAAUAAUGUAUUGAUACAAGUAGAUAAACUAUUGAAAGAAGCUUCAAAAAUAUGCUGUUUCCUGCCAACAGAGGGACAUUUAUUUGAUUCAAUGAAGAAAGCUAGAGACUGGCUGAGAUUACUAGAAGAAAUGAAUUCUGCCGAAUAUUACCCUUACUUCAGUGCAAUGGAAGAAUUGAUAAAAAAAGGUAGAUCACUAGCUUUACAUUUGGUAGAGGUAGACAAAAUGAAUGAGUAUCUCGCCAUGGCUAGUGGAUGGAAAGAUAAAACUAGUAGAGCAUUUUUACGAAAAAAUUCCACUUGUACCUUAAUGGACGCAUUGUCUCCAAGAAUAACAAUACCAAAUGGUACUAAGACAAAAAAAGGGAAAAAUUCUGAAGAAGAAAGCACUAUAUCACUCACCAAUGUCAUGGAUCCAGCGACAGUGGUGGCUGUAUUCAAAGAUGCUGAAGAUACUGAAAUGGCCCUCUUGAAAAAACUACGAAUUGCUAACAUGGCCAAAAGUUUGGAUCCAAAAGAAAAUAAUACUUUCUGCAUAUGUGGACGAGGAUUGUUUGGUAUUAUGAUGCAGUGUGAGUUAUGCAAAGACUGGUUUCAUUCAACUUGCACUCAGCUUCCUAAGGUAGCAACCACAAAGUUCAAAGGAAAUUUUACCAAUGUUGCUUUACACAUGGGAUUCAAAGAUUGCAAAUAUUUGUGUCCACAUUGUCAAAGAACAAAACGUCCCAGGCUAGAUGUCAUACUGAGCUUGCUCAUGUCUUUACAAAAGCUGUAUGUUAGAGUUCCAGAAGGUGAAGCUUUACAGUGCCUCACAGAAAGAGCGAUGAAUUGGCAGGAUAGAGCAAGACAACUUCUUCUACAUCCUGAAUUGGAAACUGCUAAAAAUAAACUUGCAAUGCUUAGUCAGAAGUAUAAUGAAGCAGCAGCGAGACAACGAACGGAAAAAAUCAUUUCUAAUGAGCUGAAAAGAGCAUCCAAAAAUCCUGAGCUCCAUCAAAGAGUCCAAGAAAUAACUCCCUUCAGUGGAGUUGGCGAUGACAAUGUGACAUGUGAUAGUGGUAUAAAUGAUUCUGAUGAUGCGUCUAGAGAAUCUAAAGAUUCUGAUGACCGAAUGGGGGAACAUGCAUACUCUUUACAUGUUCCGAAAGUUGGAGAUGGGGAAGAUUACAUACUUCAUAUAAAUACGGAUAUGAGGAAGCAGUUAGAGGAACUUCUUACAGAAGGUGACUUAUUAGAAGUAUAUCUGGAUGAGACAUUUGCACUUUGGAAGUUGAUGCAAGCUUCAAGGCAACCUGACCGUGAAAUGAUACUUAUUGACUUUGACGCUCAUAUGAAGAGCUCACCAAAAAAAAGAGGACGAAAACGACUAUCUGAGGAAUCUGACUUGAAUAAAAAGAUAACGAAAUCAGUUAAAUUAGACAUGGAAAAGAAGAUACGGGGACGUAAGAUGAAAACUAAUAAAGAAACAGGUAAAAAGCGAGGUAAUAAGAAACGAUUGGGGCAUUGUCAAUCCACUGCCUCUGAUGGAGAUGACGAUGAUGAUGAUGACGAUGAUGACGACGAUGAAUCUUGUGCAGCAAAUGGGUGUCAGAAGCCUACCGGCCAAAAUGUGGACUGGGUACAGUGUGAUGGGGGUUGCGAACAGUGGUUUCAUAUGGCUUGUGUGGGACUUUCAGCUCAAGAAAUCAAUGAAGAUGAAGAUUAUAUUUGUAUAACUUGCUCGAAAAGUACUACUUAUGAGAACUUGGACAGUCGAUCAAGUAGUCCUAGGUCUCCAGAUUCUACACAACCUUCCACGUCAAAAGACACUUCAUAGUGAAAACCUUUAGCCACAAAGUUUGUGUUUUCAAUAAGGGAAAAAGUAAGAAAGUAUUUUAGUAUUAUAGACUAUGUAUACACAGUUCAGUUGUGAUAAUUUAAAGUUAAGAAUUGUAAAAUAUUUUUCUUUUUUUUAGAUUAUUUAUCAUGA